UCAAACUAUUUUCAAAUAUAAAUUAUUGAUCUGGUGUGAAUUAUUUUUAGAAAAUUGAAGUGAAAGAUGUAUCUCCAUUUGAUUUUCUUGAUUUUUGUCACACAGGCUUUUGCAGAAGAAGAGAAUGUUUUAUUGACUGAAGUAUUUACCAUUACUUUAGAUCCUUUAUUAUUCAAUUGGACUUAUGAAGGUGAACCACAUCAAUAUGUUUACCAAGCAUCUCUGUUGGAUUUUCCAGAUCUUCCAGCCUGGAUAAAAUAUGUUUUUAGUGAGAAACAUAAGAAAGGAUUCUUAUAUGGCGUACCUCCUAAUAGAAAUAUGCCUAAAAUUCCGCUUCAGGUUGUAGCCCUAAAUACCAGAAACUAUGAAACAAGGAUAAGAUAUAUAAACAUACAUAUCUCAGAGAAAUUGAAUCCAGCAAAGUUCGAAGUGAUGAUGAAAAUUGAUAAUGUUAAUGUUGAUGAUAUAUUCGAUGUUGAAAGAAUGGAAAGUUUAAGAGAUAUUUUCAGGAAGCAUUUAUGGAAAGAUAGUGAAAAUGAUCUUUACAUAACCUAUCUUGAGUCUGCUAUCGAAUUGGGAGCAAGAAAACCUCUAGAUCCCGAUCAAGAGGAAGGAAUAGUUUUGAGACUUGGCAGUCAGUCACCAUUUUCUACUAACUUGAAGGAUUUAGAAGAUGAGGUCAAACCGCUUUGGAAGGUGCCAUCUUGUCCAAGAAACUUCAAAAAAACUACUGUUGAACGAUAUUUCAGAGAUGCAGGAUUUACAUUGGAUUGGUGUGCAUUUAGAUUGAUCGAUCCCAACAAUUCGGCAAUGCAUCAUUCCGGUGUGAAAGGAAAUGCCCUAUCAAAAGAUAAAUGGGAAACCAUCACCAAAGAUAGUGUACCAAUUAGAAAUUAUUCAGUGGAUGUAACGUGGAGUUUGGUGCUUCCAAUUGUCCUUCUGGUUAUAUUAACAUUUCUGCUUUCCUUCAUACUUUGCUUUUAUCAUAAUGGAGUAUAUGAUCAGGCCAGUGAAGAUUUUUUCAGUAAUUUGUUUCACAUUUGCACAGAUACAGUCGACAGAUACAAAGAUGACCCAACAGAGCAAAUUGAUACUCCUAUUUUAAAUCAACACGCUAUACUCAGUGGCUAUAAACCUUCAAGUAAUUUAGUAAAAUUAUCUCCUGAUCCUGCGUUAGGUUCUCGCAGUCAUACAAGCAGCCCAAGUUCUACCAUAAAUAGGGGUGUCCAUUGUAGACCAAACCCCCCACCAUAUAUGAGACCAAGGUUCAAAGCGGAAAUCAAUAAUGACGAUCCAAAUUUGAAUGAAAAAAAUUGGUACUGCUGAAAGAAACCAUAAGUGUCAUCUAUGUGUAAAAUUCGAUGUUAGCUAGUCUGAAGAUGUUUCGAUAGUUGACAUGUUUUGGUUUUUAGCGCAAUUUAGUGAAAAUAGGAAAAAGAUCUGAGGAUGAACAUAUCGGCGUUUUUUAAUGAUAACGAAAAUACCAAAUAUUUUUUUUAAUCUAUUGAAAUGAAUUUAUUAUAUUGCUACCUACAAGCUGUGAAAAAAAUUAAUGAUAGGCUAUUUGACGUUAUAAAAAGUAUUGUUUUAUUGACAAACCACUUUUUAUGUGCCCACAAUAAACAUUACUGAAUAAUGAGAGAAUUUGGAAAAUCUGUCCAAUAGCCUAUUGCCAGUUUGUUCAUAAUGUAGAAGGAAUUUUGAAAAUGUUGAAUAUUUUGUUGAGUUUAUAGAUAGUAAUUCCACACUGGUUUUUAAUUCAAAUAUACCUUGAAGUAUU